AUGGCUCAACCUCAACCCCGCCGCUUCGCCCAGAUCGUCCACCUCAAGCCCUCCGCUAUCGCCGCAUACAAAGAGUGCCAUGCCAAUGUCUGGCCUGAAAUUCUCGACAAGAUCAAGGAGUGCAACAUCAUAGAUUACUCCAUCUUCUUCGAUAACGACCGAACCCUGUUCGCUACUUUCAAAUAUACAGGUACAGAUAUCGACGCUGAUAUGGACAAAAUGGCUGCACUCCCAAGAAUGAGAGAGUGGUGGGCCAUGACUGAUGGGAUGCAGGAGAGCCCCAUUCCUGGCGCUGUGAGCAGUGCUGAGGGCCCAGGGUGGUGGAAGCCUCUAGAGGAAGUAUUCCACACCGAUUAG